UGGGAAAAAAUAGAGGAAAAAUAGGAAAAAAUAGAGGAAAAAUAGGAAAAAAUAGAGAAAAAAUAGGGAAAAAAUAGAGAAAAAAUAGGAAAAAAUAGGAAAAAAUAGAGAAAAAAUAGGGCAAAGCUAGAGGGAACAUUCUUUAAAGAAGCAGCAGCGGAGCCCCCGGAGCGCGCGUCGCGGUCGCGGCCAGGCGCCCGGCCGAGCCCGCGGCCGCAGCGCGGAGGGCGCGCCGAGCCCGCGGCCGAGCGCGGAGCGGCGAUGAAUUCCUACUUCAGCAACGCGUCCCUGCCGUGCCACCUCGGCGGCGGCCAGGACGUGCUGCCCAACGUGGCCGCGCUCAACUCCAGCUACGACCCCGUGCGGCAUUUCGGCGGCUACGGCGCGGCCGUGGCGCAGAACCGGAUUUACUCGUCGCCCUUCUACUCGCCCCAGGACAACCCGGUGGUGUUCGGCUCGGGCCGCUCGCCCUACGAGUACGGCUCCAACGCCUUCUACCAGGACAAGGAGGUGCUGAGCAGCUGCCGGCAGAGCUCGGUCGGGGCGCACGGCACCCCCAACUCCAUCGCGCAGGAUUUCCCCAGCGAGCAGAGCCGCGGCGCGGCUCAGGAGCAGAAAUCCGGCAUCCAGAUCUACCCCUGGAUGCAGCGCAUGAACUCGCACAGUGGUAAGUUUUUUUACGGCUGGCGCUGGGGAAGGGGGGGAAUAGACCCCCUCAGAAUCAAAGCCAAACCCCUCAAAAUCAAAGAGAAACCCCUCAAAAUCAGAGCUAAACCCCUCAAAAUCAAAGAGGGAGGAGGAGGAGGAGGAGGAGGGGGAGCGGCGGCCGCCGACAGCUUGGCCAAGGAGGAGAAGCGCGAUGAGACAGAGGAGGAGAAGAAGGAGUGAUGGAUUUUUUUUUUCGCCCCCCUUUCCCUCCCUUCUCAUCCCUUUUCUUCCCCCCUUUUUGUCCUUCCUGGUAUUUAUCGUUGGAGAAAAAAAAAUGAUAAUUAAAAAUUAUGUUGAAAAAAGUGUUGGCGGGGAGGGGGAAAUGGAAAAGAAAUUAAAAAUAAAUGAAAUAAAAGGGCGAGGCGGGGUGAGAGUGGAGGGAGGAAGAGAAGUGAAAAAGAGGGAGGAAAGUGGGGAAAAUUAAAAAGAAAUAAAAUAAAAGGGCGAGGCGGGGUGAGGGUGGGGUGAGGGAGAGAAGUGAAAAAGAGGGAGAAAGUGGGGAAAAUUAAAAAGAAAUAAAAUAAAAGGGCGAGGCGGGGUGAGGGUGGGGUGAGGAAGGGAAAUGAAAAAGAGGGGGAAAAGCGGAGGAGCGAAAAAGUGAAAUUGAAGCGGAGGAGCGAAGGUGGAGGAGCGAAAAAGGGGAAUUAAAAAGUGGGAAAGUGGGAAAAAGUGAGGGGGAGAAAAAAGUUUAGGAAUUAAAAAAGUGGAGGAAUGAAAAAGUGGAAAAAAUUAAAAAGUGAAAAAAUGAAAAAAAAAAAGUGGAGGAGUGAAAGCAGAGGAAUGAAUGUGGAGAAUUUAAUUAAUUAAUGCGGAGAAAUGAGUGAAUGAAUGAGGAGGAAUUAAUUAAUGAAUUAAUUAAUUCAUGAGAGAGCUCCUCAAACCCACGAAUCCCCCCCAAAAUCUCCCCCCUCGCCCCCUCAUCCCGGCCGCACCCCCCGCUCCGUCCUCCCCCCACCCCAAAAAUCGGGAAAAUCGGGCAAAAAACUGGGCAAAAAUUGGGGCAAAACCGGGCGGAAUUGGGGGCGACCCCGCCCCCCGCUUGUCCUCCCAAACCUCAGCCAUUCCCGGUGGGAAAAAAUCAGAUUUUCCUCGCGGAAAUGCCAUAAAAAAAGCGCUUUUUCGGCCCGAAAUCGCCUUUUUUCCUCCUCGUAUUUAAGCAGCUACCUGGGCUCAUCACCGCAUCCACAAACUGUGACGGUUUCUGUGUGAAUAUUUUUCUCGGUGUUCGUGGUUCCUGUAUUUAUAUUUAUGUUUAGCGCUGUAAUGUGCGAAAAAAAGGGAAAAAAAAAUUAAAAAGCUAAAAAAAAA